GGUAUAUAGUUUUUAACUUGUAAGUUGUUAAAAAUCUAACAUUAACUUGAAUUGAGAAAAAUAUCAUUACCACAGUUGCAUCAUGCACAAUCCAAAUAAUUUUUAGAGAACUAAAAUAACUAUAAAUAUUCUAGAAACAUCUCCACAUUUAUCACGUGUUGAUGGAACAUCAACCAAAAAAGUUAUCACUGUGUGAGUCCUAGCCGAACACAUUUUAGAGCACUAUUACACUCUUAAACAACAUUGUUAUAACUAAAUUUCAGCCAAAUAAUAACGACACCUUUCCGAAACACCAAAUCCAUUCUCGUAUAUACACCGUUACACAGUCACGUCACGAUAAUAAGCUUUAGACCACCAACAAAUAGAUAAAACCCCAUCCGCUUCUAUAUAACUAACUCACAUAACUAUAUAUUUAUUCUAUACUCCAAAAGAAACUCGCUGAGAAGCAGGCGAACGAGAAACACACUAACCAAAUGAAACCUAUACUUACUUUCUAGGCUUCACUUUCAUUACCUGGUUCACCAUUUAAUCUUCGUAGAGGAUCUAGAGGAUCACAUCAGUUUACGAUACGUAACGGUAGAGGACGUUUCGUGGGCGUACCUGGUAGCGAUAGAAAACCAUUGGUACUCUCAACAUAUCUCGAUGCACAGGAACAUUUGCCGUACGCCGAUGACUCGAACGCGGUCACACCGAUGUCGGAGGAAAAUGGUGCAAUCAUCGUUCCAGUAUACUAUGCUAAUUUAGGUUCGCGACAUUCAUCCUACACAUCGCAUCAAUCGCGCAUCUCGUACACAUCGCACGGCGACCUACUCGGGGGUAUGACGAAGGAGAGCCGCCUGCGGAACCGUUCAGCGCGGAACACCAAUCACUCGAUCGUGCCGCCUCCGAACAUGGCACCGAACAUGUCAUACGCGGACACCAACCACAAGGGGCAGAGAGAUUUUGAUAUGUCACAAGACUGUACAGACGACGCUGGCAAAAUAAAACACAACGACAAUCCUUUCAUCGAGCCCUCUCAAACACAAACUGUAGUAGAUAUGAAAGACGUUAUGGUGUUAAACGAUAUCAUCGAGCAAGCUGCUGGUCGGCAUAGUAGAGCUAGUGAUCAUGGAGUCUCUGUUUACUACUUCCCCACAGAGGACGACGACGAGGACGGUCCGACGUUCAAGGAGAAGGCACUCGAGUUCAUUAUGAGGAUGAUCGACGUUUUCUGCGUGUGGGACUGCUGCUGGGUGUGGCUCAAGUUUCAGGAGGGCGUAUCAUUCAUCGUGUUCGAUCCGUUCGUCGAGUUAUUCAUCACGCUCUGCAUCGUGGUCAACACGCUGUUCAUGGCGCUGGACCAUCACGAUAUGGACCCGAAGAUGGAGCAGUCUCUUAAAAGUGGUAACUAUUUUUUCACGGCAACCUUCGCGAUAGAAGCGACGAUGAAGCUGAUAGCGAUGAGUCCCAAGUAUUACUUCCAGGAGGGUUGGAACAUUUUCGAUUUCAUCAUCGUAGCACUGUCACUGCUCGAACUGGGUCUGGAAGGUGUUCAGGGAUUGUCAGUAUUACGUUCAUUCCGUUUGCUCCGAGUGUUCAAGCUAGCGAAAUCGUGGCCAACGUUGAACUUACUCAUUUCCAUCAUGGGUCGAACGAUGGGUGCGUUAGGUAAUCUGACGUUUGUGCUCUGCAUUAUCAUCUUCAUCUUUGCCGUGAUGGGAAUGCAGCUGUUCGGUAAAAACUACAUCGACAAUGUGGAUCGUUUCCCGGACAAGGACCUGCCACGGUGGAACUUCACCGAUUUUAUGCAUUCCUUUAUGAUUGUUUUUCGGGUACUGUGCGGCGAGUGGAUCGAAUCCAUGUGGGACUGCAUGCUGGUGGGCGAUGUGUCCUGCAUUCCGUUCUUCUUGGCCACCGUAGUGAUAGGAAAUUUAGUAGUACUUAAUCUUUUCUUAGCCUUGCUUUUGUCCAAUUUUGGUUCCUCGAGUCUGUCGGCACCGACGGCCGACCAAGAAACGAACAAGAUCGCCGAGGCGUUCAACCGGAUAUCGCGGUUCUCCAACUGGAUCAAGCUGAGCGUCGCCAACGCGCUCAAGUUCGUUAAAAACAAGUUAACAAGCCAGAUUGCGUCCGUGCAGCCCGCAGGUGAGCAGCACAAUCAUCUCAGUUGGAUAUGGAACGAAGGCAAAGGGGUAUGUCCAUGUAUAUCUGCAGAGCAUGGUGAAAAUGAGCUGGAAUUAACUCCAGAUGACAUACUGGCCGACGGACUGCUGAAAAAGGGCGUCAAGGAGCACAAUCAGCUGGAGGUGGCCAUCGGCGACGGGAUGGAGUUCACGAUACACGGAGACCUUACGAACAAGGGCAAGAAGAACAAACAGCUGAUGAACAAUUCGAAGGUGAUUGGAAAUUCUAUUAGUAAUCAUCAGGAUAACAAACUAGAGCACGAACUGAAUCACAGAGGUAUGUCCCUGCAGGACGAUGAUACUGCCAGUAUAAAGUCCUAUGGCAGUCACAAAAAUCGCCCCUUCAAGGACGAAAGUCACAAAGGCAGUGCCGAAACGAUGGAGGGCGAAGAAAAACGUGACGUCAGCAAGGAAGAUCUAGGAAUUGAUGAAGAACUAGAUGACGAGUGCGAAGGUGAGGAAGGGCCACUGGAUGGCGAACUGAUCAUCCAUGCCGACGAGGACGAGGUGAUCGAGGACUCGCCGGCGGACUGUUGUCCGGAUAAUUUCUACAAAAAGUUUCCCGCCAUGGCCGGUGACGACGAUGCGCCGUUCUGGCAGGGUUGGGCCAACUUGCGUCUCAAGACGUUUCAGCUCAUCGAGAACAAGUACUUUGAGACGGCCGUCAUCACGAUGAUUCUGCUGAGUAGUUUGGCUUUGGCCCUCGAGGACGUGCAUCUGCCACAUCGACCGAUCCUGCAGGAUGUUCUGUACUACAUGGACAGGAUAUUUACGGUGAUAUUUUUUUUAGAGAUGUUAAUCAAGUGGUUAGCUCUAGGUUUCCGAGUGUACUUUACGAACGCUUGGUGUUGGCUCGAUUUCAUCAUUGUAAUGGUGUCCUUAAUCAACUUCGUUGCUUCACUCUGUGGAGCUGGUGGUAUUCAAGCAUUCAAGACAAUGCGAACUCUUAGAGCACUGAGACCGCUACGUGCCAUGUCCCGUAUGCAGGGUAUGAGGGUCGUCGUCAAUGCAUUGGUACAGGCUAUACCGUCCAUCUUCAACGUGUUAUUGGUUUGUUUGAUAUUCUGGUUAAUUUUCGCCAUUAUGGGUGUGCAGCUGUUUGCUGGCAAGUAUUUUAAGUGCGUCGAUUCGAACAAGACAACGCUAUCCCACGAAAUCAUUCCGGACGACGUGGCGUGCAAGACGGAGAACUACACGUGGGAGAACUCACCGAUGAACUUCGACCACGUGGGGAAGGCGUACCUGUGUUUGUUUCAGGUGGCAACGUUUAAGGGCUGGAUUCAGAUCAUGAACGAUGCGAUCGAUUCGCGAGAGGUCGGCAAACAGCCAAUUCGUGAGACCAAUAUCUACAUGUACCUAUACUUCGUGUUCUUCAUCAUCUUCGGAUCAUUCUUCACCCUCAACCUGUUCAUCGGUGUCAUCAUCGACAAUUUCAACGAGCAGAAGAAGAAAGCGGGUGGUUCGCUGGAGAUGUUCAUGACGGAGGAUCAGAAAAAGUACUACAACGCAAUGAAAAAGAUGGGCUCGAAGAAGCCGCUGAAAGCUAUUCCACGGCCUAGGUGGAGACCACAAGCAAUAGUAUUCGAAAUAGUUACCAAUAAAAAGUUCGACAUGAUUAUCAUGUUGUUCAUCGGGUUCAACAUGUUAACGAUGACGCUCGAUCACUACAAGCAAACGGAUACGUUCAGUGCGGUGCUGGACUACCUCAACAUGAUCUUCAUCUGCAUCUUCAGUAGUGAGUGUCUGAUGAAGAUAUUCGCCUUGCGCUACCAUUACUUUAUCGAACCGUGGAACCUGUUCGAUUUCGUCGUCGUCAUCCUGUCCAUCUUAGGUCUCGUACUGAGCGAUCUCAUCGAGAAGUACUUCGUGUCACCCACACUACUGCGAGUCGUUCGUGUAGCCAAGGUCGGUCGUGUGCUGCGUCUCGUCAAAGGUGCCAAAGGUAUCCGAACGUUGCUGUUCGCUCUGGCCAUGUCCCUACCGGCGCUGUUCAACAUCUGUCUGCUGCUGUUUUUGGUGAUGUUUAUCUUUGCCAUUUUCGGUAUGUCCUUCUUCAUGCACGUAAAGGACAAGAGCGGUUUGGAUGAUGUGUACAACUUUAAAACCUUUGGGCAGAGCAUGAUUCUGCUGUUUCAGAUGUCCACGUCGGCCGGUUGGGAUGGUGUGCUGGAUGGCAUAAUCAACGAAGAGGACUGCCUGCCGCCUGACAACGACAAGGGUUAUCCGGGAAACUGCGGUUCGGCAACGAUCGGCAUCACGUAUCUGCUAGCGUACCUCGUAAUUAGUUUUUUGAUCGUUAUCAACAUGUACAUCGCUGUCAUUCUCGAAAACUAUUCGCAAGCCACCGAGGAUGUACAGGAGGGUCUUACGGACGAUGACUACGAUAUGUACUAUGAAAUCUGGCAGCAGUUUGAUCCGGAUGGUACUCAGUACGUGCGAUAUGAUCAGCUGUCGGACUUUUUGGAUGUGCUGGAACCACCGUUGCAGAUCCACAAGCCGAACCGGUACAAGAUCAUCUCGAUGGACAUCCCAAUCUGUCGGGGUGAUAUGAUGUUCUGUGUGGACAUUCUGGAUGCCCUGACGAAGGAUUUCUUUGCCCGAAAAGGCAAUCCAAUCGAGGAAACUGCCGAACUAGGGGAAGUGCAACAGCGUCCGGAUGAGGUUGGCUACGAGCCAGUGUCUUCGACGUUGUGGCGUCAGCGGGAAGAAUAUUGCGCCAGACUGAUACAGCACGCAUGGCGGAAGCACAAAGAAGGUGGUGGUGGUGGCGGUGGUGGCGGUGCCACCGGAGAUGACACCGACGCCGACGUUUGUGAUAAUGACGGCGGCGACGGAGAUGGUGGUGGCGGUGCCGGUACUAUUAGCGGUGGAGCUAGUAGCGGUAGUAUCGGAGGUGGUGGUGGUGGUGGUGGAAGUAGUCCCGGCGGUGGCGGAGGAACAUCACCCGGCUCUGGCGGUGGAGGCGGUAGUGGUUCUCAGGCUAACUUAGGUAUAGUGGAGCAUAAUCUAUCACCAAAAGAAUCGCCCGAUGGCAAUAAUGAUCCUCAAGGUCGUCAAACGGCCGUCCUAGUAGAAAGUGAUGGAUUUGUAACUAAAAACGGUCACCGAGUCGUGAUACACUCACGAUCGCCAAGUAUAACUUCACGAUCGGCGGAUGUCUGAGCCAGGCCUCGCCCCCCUCUCUCUGAUUCAGAUUCAGAAGCACGACAGAAAUAAUAUUUAAGGGAUUUAGAGUACUAAAAAACAAAACCGACAAAAAAAGAAAAAAUAUUCAAUAAUGAAAGGGAAAAGCCGACUGCCAUAUAAUAAAUUUAAUUAUUUAAAGAAAAACUUUAAUCGCAUAGGACAAACAACAAGUGAACAAAACAACACACGUGUAACAAAACCAAAAAAAAGAUCAAACCCCGAAGCUGUGCAUUAGAAAACAACAACCAAAAUCUCAUGUGGACAAAGACCGAACCAAAAAGGCUAAGGGAAGCGAAGAGAAAGUGAUCACGCGCUCAACAGGGAUAACGAGAUCGUAUCCACCAGAACUGAACAACCGGAUGAUAAAAAAGAAAGCAUGCCAGGAAAGCGAUAUAUUCUUCAUUUCCGUUGCCGAAAUCGUUUGCCUUUAAGUUACCUGUUAUUUCGAAUAUGACCAUCCUAAUUCUCGAAACCAUUUACCUGUACUACUACCCAAACCGAUGCGAUGAAAAAACCGAUUUUCAACAAACAAUGGUGAGACCGUACCAUGCUACGAACAAAAAUCAGUGAAUAGGACAAUAUCAAAUAAAACCAAACGGUAGUGAAAGUGAACGAACAAUAAUGAGUAAAACUGACCCAAGAAAACCGAGUGACAGCAAGCAAAAGUGAACCCAAAUCGGCAAAACCAAGUGAAGUGAAAGAAAACUGUAUAAAAUAAACAAACGAGACAAAAUAAAACAUAUGUGAUAUGUAAAAUAGUGAAAUCAAUCGGAAACAAACCAAUAUCCAACACACUUUUGUACGAACAAUAAAGCAAGAGACAAAACAAACAACGCGACAGUGUAAACAAACCAAACGAACAGAAAAACAACAACCAGUGUGCACGGUGAAACGGAUGCAACAACUGAAAUCACAAAUCAAUGCGAAUCGGACGAGAGUAGCAGGCGGAAUUCAACCAUCCGACGGAGAAAAAUGAAACUUCGCAUAUUUCAACAAUUUUGGGGCACGGAUUCUUUCAGUUUUACAACAAACAUUUUCCUAUUGGAAGCUGGACUGUUUUACGUUUUCCAUAUACUUUUGUUCCCACUCUUGACAGGGAAAUACUGAGGGCUAACGAGAAAAGCAAGAAGAAAAAUGAAAAAAAAACUAUUGCAGGAAAAUAAAAGGCAAAUAAUAAGCAAGGGGCAAGUCAAGAACAAUCAAAUCAAUGUUUAUUCGAAACAAAACAAGGAAAAUUACGACAAGAGUAAGCAAAUCUGGAUGAGCGAAAAUAACUAAAAGUAACAGCAGUAACACAUGUGAAUAAAGUGAGAUUAAAUAAAGAAGUAAAUAUAUUAUAUUGGCUAAAGCAGGAGCAUGCAAGUCAUAUGCAUUUUUAUUUAUUAUUUUUCUACAAAGCAAACAAAAAUGUAAAAAUACCAAAAAAAUCAAACCUUUAAAAACGGCAUUGCUGCGAUAAUGUUAAGGCUUUUUAUAUUAUUGAUAAGAGAAAAAAAAAAACAAAAAAUCGCACAGGUUUUGUUCAACUAUUGUAAAAAAACAACAAACAAAAAGGUUUAUGAAAACAAGCGAAAAAAACAACCAGCUAAAAGAAAAAAUCAUUAAUAUGUUUCUGCGUGCAAUAAAAGAAAGUACUGUAAUUAUUAUAUAAUACAUACUAAUUUGUAAAUCAAACGCGAGGGGUUGGGGCGAGCCUUUAAUUAAUAAUAAACAACACUAGUCAAGCUUUUCAAAUAUUAUCAUUAAUGAAUAACAUAAAUUUAAUGCAAAAUAACAACUAAUUGUAAGUAUGGUUAAGUAACAAAUUUUUUGAACAUUAUCGCACGAAAUGAUGUUCGUUAAAUCAAAAAGGCGAAAGAAACAAAAAUGAGGUAAAGCAAAAAAAACGCGAUCUAUUUUUUUAACAAAUACGCUCCUACACACAUACACUAAGCAGAGACACCGAACCAAUCACGCGCAUAACAGUUUCACGAAGUUACAAAAAAAGUAUAAGAAAGCCAACACACUUUUCUUUACUACCAUUAUGUGUAUUUUCUUCAAAUUUAAUAACCGAAAAAGUCUCCUACCGUGCCCGGUACACGCCAUGUAACCGCACGGAGAAGCACGACGAAAAAAAUAGCGAGAGGGAGAGAACUCUCUUCCCAUUGUUUUCAUUCUCUUACACUCAGGCAUUCGCUAAAGUCACCAUUCGAAGCGAAACGAUCCCCCGCAAAUCCAUUCCCUUCAGUGUUCGAAUUCAAUUCUGCGAAGCUCUCGCGUAUCUAUGGCUAUGACCGCAGACAAAAAGAAAAACCAUGACUACCAAUCGAGCUUCUGUGUAGUGGUGGUACGUGCUUUCGGGCGGCUUUGUCAGUUUUGAAGCGUGAAAGACACCCGCACACAUACACAUACAGACAGAAGCUUCUUUGACGAAAAGGAUUCGAAAAAAUCACGAAAAAAUGCGAAACAAAACAAAAAGCAACCAAAAAGAACAUUUUUACAUUUUUAGCUAUAUACAUAUUGUGAAAAUAAAAAAAAACAGCUAGACAAAGAGAGUAUUUGCGACACUUGCAACAACUAGGAGAGAACAAAAUACGCACGAAAAGAUGGCGAAGGAGGCAAACCAUACCGAGAAGUAGGAAAAAUAUUUUUUUGUAUGAAAAAAAAAGUUUAUCUACGAAGCCGAUCAAAAAAGGUGGAAUGAAAUAAAAACUAUUUUUAAUUGGUAUAUUUUUAUCAAUUAUUAAACUACCAUAUUUAGUAUCGAAACGUUAAGUGACAACUGACAGCAAUGACAAAAUUAGGACGAUAGUAGCUUCAGUCAUAACGACAAUGUACAUUAUUUUCACUACUAUUUAGUUAUUCGAGAAGUGAAACCAAGCGUGUAGCAUUUGUGAAUAUAUUUCAGAUGAAAAUAGCAAACCGCAUCCUUAGGUUAUUUUGUCAUCAACACAGUAGGCGGGGUAGGUUAAAUUAUUUCUUGUACAAUGCUUAUGGAACAAGGAAUGGUAGGAAAGCGCAAAGCAAGAUAAAAACAGAACCAUACCAAAGAUUUAACUAUUAAAAGAGCGACUAGUUAGAUAACAAACAAAAACAACAAAGAGAGGACGUGGAGAGAGAGAUGUUAUUGAAAGUGUUAGAGCGAGCAGAAGGUAGCACAUUUUUAUGCAUCGUCGAUAUGAAAUUGUUUCUUGCCACUUUACCAGACGAAUAGAAGAAGAAAAACAAAAUGACCACCAAUGUAGGCACCACCCUAGCAUGGAACCGAUAGAGAGGGAAUUCAGCAAUAGCAAUCGCAGAUCAUCAUAGCAUAAGGAACCUCGCUUGAAGUUACGGCAAACCCUGUUCUUAUCGUCACGCCACGCCAUAACGUCUUUACGAAUCGCCACGCAACAGACGCCACUCAUUUAUCCGUCUAUUUUGCAAAUACACACCACACACAUACGCAUACAGAAAUGCUAGUACUCACACUCAAAAAAACAUGCUUAUUAAAUACGAUGACGAAGUAUAAAGCAAAGCAGAAUAAAAAUAUACAUUUAUACCUUAAAAUAAAGAAUUUAAAAGUAAUGGGAAAUGCUUAUAAAAUAAAAAAAAAUAAAGUAAAUAUUGUUGGGAGCGCCGAUCCCCUAUGUCCACAAAGAAACAACAAUUUCAGUGCCUUUUUUCAAGAGUGUGUGAAGAAAAAACCCGUUAAAAACAUAAGCAAAACCAUAGGUCGCAGUAAAUUUAAUUUGCAAAUGUAUAAAUAAAAGCAAAAAAUAUAUAACUAACAAAAAGUCACGCGCUCAAGAAUAAACCGAAAUGAGAAUUCGUAGAAGUAAUCAGAUUUUGCGAGAGUUUAGUAUGAGCGUGUAAUCUCUCUAUUCGUCCGCGACUUUAGCAAAGAGAGCAAAAGAGAGAAAAAGGGGGCCGUCGUAAAAUGAACGAGCUCACAAAGUUCUACAGGAAAAGGCUCACUUCUUUCUUCUUUAAGAACGUCAGCAACGGCGUAGGGGGUAUCAGCGGAAAAAAUGCAUUUUUCCUAUAAUUUUAGCUUAGCUUGGUAGAAAACAAAGAAGAAGAAAAAAAACAAAAAUUUAUCACCGAAUGUAUUUCUCGCGAGUCCUUAGUAGUUGCUUCACGCCACAGCGAACAUUAUCAUUGAAUCUAGCAAAUCAAAACCAGGAAAAAAAGAAUAGAACCAAUACGAACACAAUUAACAACAAUGAAGAAACGAAAGCAAGGUCAACUGCAUGCGUAAUGACUUCAAGCGAGGUUCUAACACACAUUUAAGGCGACGCGACAACGUAUCCAGCUAAAUUACACCAAGAAUAAUGUGAGAUAUGGCGAAAUGGGCAAGUGUUACAUGGGAAGCGAUUGUUCACGUUGAAAUGAAUGUAAAUUUUGUGGGGUUUUCAACCUAGUGUUACGAUCAAAAAUUGGCCAAACAAAAAUGUGUGUAAAGUGGUCAAAUUUUUCACUAAAAAUCAAAACAUGUUUCUUUUACAAGCUCAAUUCAUACAGGAUAAAAAAAAUAUAUUCACUCAAGCUUCGUUUUUAGCGAACGCGAAUUGCCGGGCCUUUCGUUCGACUUCUCCUAUCAAGUUUUGCGCAGCCUCCUGGUAACCCACUCCUUUCCUCACCGUAGACCGCCAGUUUGCCUUAAACUGCAUUCUGCUGACAAUUGUCUUUCGCUUCUUCUUCUUUAGGUUCCGCUUGACAAUUGUCCAAGAUUUUUCCAUUGGGCAGAGUUUUGGCGUGCGGGGAGGGUUUAUGUCAUUGGGCACCACAUGGACGUUCUUCGCGGCCCUUUUUCUGUAAUGGCAAGAUGCCAAAUCCGGCCAAAACAGAACGGAACAAUUGUGUUGCUUGAGGAAAGGCAACCGUUCGUUUUCAGGCACUCCUGCACAUAAAUUUCCUAGUUGGUAUUGAUUGAUUGUGAUUAAACACGGAAACACAAAAUCCAUUUCCCAUUUCGAACGGUUGGACAAUAAAAUUCCGACAACAAAUGUCUGGGAAAUAUUACACUUGCACCCAUGCCCUGACUCCUGCAGUAGAAGACAAAGGGUUAAGUCGUCGGGAAACAUAAGCUUGCUCAUAUGACCCUAUUCCACGCCUUUCUAAAACUUUCUUCCGGAACAUAUCCAUUUUUCUUUGGGCGCUUUGUACUCCCUAGAUCUUGCUCCACUUGAUUUGUUGUAUUGUGCCAACCGCAUUCCCGUCGAAUACCUUCUUUCGCAGGAUAGUUGUCCGGCAUUCUCGCAAUCUGUCCUGCCCAUCGACUUCGUCUAGAUUUCACCACCUUGCAACAAAUUCCGCGAGUUCAUGCUUCAUCCUCCGCCUUCAGACUACUGCUCUUCGCCAAACACUUCGAAUGCUCGCAAGUACUCCGCAAGGAUUGCCCCCGUCUGAUGCACGCAGAUAACAAUCGGUCUUAUUAGUGCUUUGCACAAGAUACACUUCUUACGAGAGCUAAUUCUAUUCAACCCAGGUGCUUGUGGAGUCCAUAGUAGACACGACUUCCACUGAUAAUACGCCUCCGGAUCUCAUGGCUAUUGUCAGUGUCUGCAGUGAGCCGACUACCUCGCCGAUUUAUCGCCGUCCAUCGAUACACUCCCAGUAAUGUUCAGCCGGACAUGAACCGGAAUUGUGGCUAGUUCUAGCUAGCAUUUCGGCUUCAGUGACUCAACCGAUUCUAGUUAGGAUCGGUUGUGUCACUGGAGCUGGAAUACGAGCUAGAACCAGUCACAAUUCCGGUACAUUUCCCGGCUGGACUUUACUAGGCUGCUGCCUGGUUAGGCCCUGUCGUACUCGGUUCAAGGAUGAAAUACGUCCCUAUCAAAGAGUCUGACCGCUUACCUUAGAUAACUCUACGAACAGGUCUCUCUUCUCUCAAACUCUCAGUUUCCCUAAAGAG